GUGCGAAUCCGCGUGCGAUGCCCGUCAUGAACUUUGGCGCCCAAGACAUUGAGAACCACAUGAGCGGCCUCGGCCGCCUGGCCGCGCUCUGCGAGAUGGGGUCCGACUCGAGCGGCGACGAGAGCGAAGGCGUGCGCCGGCCGCCGACAGCCGACCGCACGCAAGAGCUCACCGACUACGUGCUCACGACGAUGCGCCAGCUCGCGCGCAUUAGCGCCGGCCUCUCGGCGCUCUCGACCGGUCGGCUCUGGAACACGCUGCAUAAAUUAAACGCGACGGCCGACACGAUCGUCGACGCGGUCCAAGCCGGCGACAUUACGCUGCAGGCGCUCGACCUGACGCUGCUACCGCCGGACCCGUCCAUGGCGCUCGAGACGAUCAACGUCAAGCUCCUCUCGGCGCAGAAAAAAAUCUACCAGCGCACGGCGAGCGACCACCUGUUGCGAACCACGCACAGCGUCCUGGACGACGCGUGGCAGAAGGGCGAAGAGGUCGCGCUCGAGUCGGCGCGCCGGUCGCUCAGCGCGUGGCGCACGUCAGCCGCCGACCUCAAAACCAAAGUCGCCGCGGCGCUCGCCAGCCCCGAGACCAGUCCCGCCGAGGUCCUCCAGAAUGUCCAGGACUUUCUCAGCUCGCUUACCGUGUGCAAGAUCGCCUCGGACGCGCCAACCGAGGCCGACGUUCAAUUCAAGGCGACGACGCUCGAAGAGCACGUGGGCCGACUGCAGGCCAGCAUCGUCGCGUCCAUGUCAUCGUCGACUGCUGGGCCGCGCGCCAAGCACAACGAGGGCCGGAAGCGCCCGCUGUCCAAGCAUAUGGUCGAGCCCAUCGCCGUCGAGAAGCGGCGGCGCCCGUCGACGUCGCCCUAUGCGCUGCCCAACCGCAAGCCGUCCGCCGAGACGCCGUCGCAUCUCCAGGGUGUACGCACGUACGUGCCCUCGAAACCAACCGAGGGCGACGCAGACGUCGAGCGCAUCAAGGAGCCCAACGAAGAGGCCAGCGGCGUGGAUGCAGCGCCAGUUGCGACGCCGAUCGGAUGCGAGAUUUGCCACGAAAACAACGCCCACGAGCAAAUGCUCUUGUGCGACAACAACUGCGGCCACGAGUACCAUCUCUUUUGCCUCAACCCGCCGCUCGACGACAUUCCCGAGGGCGACUGGUUCUGCCCCAGCUGCGAGCAAAACUUGUGCUUGGCCCAGAAAUGCAAGCGCGUCUGCGUGCUCUCGCGCAAGUACUGCAGCCGCCACCUCUGCAAGGACGGCUCGUGCGGCUUCCGCGCCAAGAAGGCGGGCUAUUGCGGCAAGCACGCCAAGCUGCUCCUGCGCUACGAGUCGGACGACGACCUCGACUCGGACAUGGGCCGAUAGAUACUCUGUGUGUGUAUAUAUACUGCUAUGAAGGAGCAGUUGAGGCAACGACGUGGCUGAUGAUGGUGUU